CUUGACAUAUUUUAACCACAAAUUUAGUUGCAAAAUCACGAUAACAAAAGAGUUUGUACUUUAUAUGGCUGUGAAUUUAUUGAUACUAUGAACGCAUUAUCAUUAUUUCUACCCGGAGUAGCUAUUGUAUACUAUGGAGGAGAAAUUGGUAUGGAAGAUAUACCCGUUGAAACAAAUUAUGCAAGAGCACCGAUGCAAUGGAGUAAUACUACAUAUGCUGGGUUUACUGAUGGUGAUAAGAAUAAACCAUGGAUUGACGUACACCCGAGUUAUGUCACGAGAAACGUAGAAGACGAAUAUAAUGACCCUAAAAGUAAUUUAAAUUUUUUUAAAUCAGUCUCGAAAUUACGUCACACUGAUACAUUAAAAAAAGGAGGUUUGGCAACUUACAUCUUUGACCAAGUUUACGUACUGACCAGAUAUUUACCUAGAAAUGAGAACUAUACAUUAAUUAUGAACAUGGGUUCAAGAUCACAAACUGUGUGUUUAGCUGAUCAAAUUCCUAGAUUGUAUGGAUCAUUGACUGUUGUUAUUGGAUCUGAAAACUCGAAUUUCAAUCCUGG